GCUCAGUGUCAUGGUUUCCAAAAGUCUUGGUUGACACCGUCUGUCUCUUGCAAGCGCUUCAAAGGCGUCUCCGCAUUCCGCCCGGCACCCUACAUCAUCGCACGGCGGUCAGAUGGCCAUACAGACGGAAGUGACCGGGCGGCAUGUUACACAUCUCCGAAGCGCAGCUGAGACAGAUGCACAAGGGACAUUUCUCGUACCAAACCACGUAGAUAACAAAUAAGUCGAUUUGUCCCCAUCCAGCCACUCUACAAUCCCCCCCCUCCCCUCCCCUCCCCUCCCUGAGUCACUCUACUCCAUGCCCGUCCUCGGUGCCUGCAGUAUCUUGGGCAGGUGGAAUGGCGAGGCGCCGGGCGGAUGGUGGCCGCGGCGGAACGGCGCUCGGGGGGCAACGGCCUCUGAAACGCACACACACAGCAGAGAUGCCUGUGUAGUGACACUGACUGGAUGGAUGGAUGGAUGGAUGGAUGGAUGGUGUGUGUGUGUGUGUGCGGACCGUACCUUUCUUGCCUCCUGUGACAGGUUUGAUGAUCUUGAAUUUCUUGAGGGUGCGGGACUUGUUCUCGGCCGUCUUGCCCACGCCCAUGUCCUGAACACACACACACACACACACACAGAGAGAGAAAGAAACCGACAAAGUGCACGCACAUCUGCCUGUGUAUGGCUCUGUGUGUGUCGGUGCUUACAUCGAGCUUCUUGUUCCGCUCAGAAGCGACAUCCCUGCAGGCACACAGACAGACAGACAGACAACCACACACACACAUGCGUCACGCGUCUGUGCCUGUGUGGAGGUAGCAAGGCUACGCUACGCACCUGUCUUUCCAUGUGCUCCUGGAUAGGCGGAUGGGUCUGUUGCCGACGUACUUGUUGUUGACUUCCUUGAGCGCCUUGAGCAUGUCCUGCGGGUCGCCGAACGAGGCAAAACCGUACCCCUUGGUCUUACCCGUCCGCUUGUCACGAAUCACCUGACACACCACACGAACGACACGCACAGCACACACACACACAGAGAGAGAGAGGAGAGGACGAGAUGCCCGUCUGUGAGUCGCUGUUGGUUGGUGGUGGGUAUCGAGCUGACCCUGCAUUUCUGGAAGGACCGGUACUGCCUGAAGGCGUUGGCGAGGAGGUCCUCCGUCACCUCGUUGCCCAAAUCGCCACAGAAUAACCUGCACACCCCACACAGAGGGAGAGAGCCGAUUGAUCAAGUGGCAUGACCACGGCCGUGCAGGCUGCCAUUCCCUCAAUAAUCUGAUUACCUGUAGUCCUCGUCAGGCCAUUCGAGCAGCGACGGGUCGUUCCACACCUUGCCGGCAGCCUUGCGCAGACACUUCUUCUCAUCCUGCCAAAGCACACACACACACACAUCACUGUCCGCUCUGUCGUGUUGUGUGGCUGACGUACCGCCUGUUUGACGCCCUUGGACGACAUGAGGCUGCCGAGGUGCGCGGCCUCCUCUGCGGACAUGCCGUCGUUGGGGUGGUGCACGGCUGAUGUGGGGAACCCCGACGGACCGACAGGAAUGCCACCCAGCCCAAUGUUGGGCUGCAGCAACCACCACGGCAAAGAGAGGGAGGGAUACACGUCAUAACCCACGUAUGGCUGGUAUGGCUGUGGACAACACUCUGACGUGUCGCUUACGGCGGCAGCGGCAGCGGCAGCAGGCAUGGCGGCCAUCGGAGCACCUGCAGGCGCAACCAGCGACACACAGCGAGCAUUGCCAAGGGUGUGAGAGCCCUCCCGUUGCCCAAUCGUGUUCUGGCGUACCUGCCAUCUGCAUGGCCAUCAUGUCCAUGCCCGGCGGCAUGCCGCCAGGGCCUAUGGGGAACAUUCUGAAGCGAUAUUCUCCUCUAUCAGCACACGACAAGCUACAGACAGCCUCUACAGCGCUCCUGGGAAGAGAAAUCAGUCUCU